AUGACGAAUGCCAUGCUUCCCAUUCGCGGACGUUCGCGACGGGACUUGGAACAUGGCGAAUGCAGGGCCAUUUGCAACACCGACAACUGCAUCGGGUACACUUACGCUCCCUGCGAACGCAUUUGUGCCCUGCACGGGGAGCCGGAGCUGUUUCGAGGACUUCCUGAUCCUGAACGCUGGUCCACCAAGAACGGAGGAGGCCUCAUCGCCAACACAAACGGGAGAUGUGGCUCCUCCUGCUACGUGCGGAAGGCACCUUGCCAAGGUGGCACUUUGCAGUCUGCUGGUGCCUUCAUGAAUUAUGAAGCCCUGACCUUUGGUCUUACCCGCACUUUGGAAUGUCCCUUUCCGCACAAGGGGUCGGUCUCUGUCGUUUGCACAUCCACUGGUAUCCAAGUGGCUGGGGGCAGGUGUUUGCGACCCUGCGAGUCCGGAUUCGUAAGGGACGAGUACUUCGAGGUGAAGUAUCCACCGACGCGGCACGGCGAGUUUGGUGCUGGGCCAUGCCCCAGCGGCACGCUGGGCAACAUGACGAUCUUCUGCAACGAUGGCUCCGCGGCACAUGUCCUCGGAAGAUGUGGCACGAAUUGUCCGGCAGGUGCUUUGAGAUCUGGCUCUGCUACAAUCUAUUACUCAAGCAUGGACCACGAGGCCCUUUGGACCCAGGGCUGCCCGCUGGGGUGGGUCGGCUUAGUGGACUUGGAGUGUAUCAAUGGGUUUACAUCCGUUCGCAGUGGGCUAUGCCAAAGGCAUUGCGACGAAGGGACGCUCAAUACCACGGCUGAUUCCGGAAUGGCUCCUGCCGUCUCUGGUUUCGUGGUGUACGACGAUCUGGACCACAGCAGAGGGGUUUGGGCAGCCUGCCAAAGCCCGAACGACAUGCUGACUGGGCGCCUCGUGCUGUUCUGCAACGACGGCAGCGUGAGUCCCGACUACAACUUAGGUCGAUGCAACCGCCACUGUGCAGCAGGACAGGUUGGAACGGGAGUCCGAGCUGUGAGUCACGGCAUUAUUCCGCACAUGACCAACGUGACCUUGGAAUGCAAUCCUGGCUUUAACGGCGGCUUUUACGUUGGAUGUGUUGAUGGUGUUGUGAUCCUGUACGAGGGCUUCUGCUACAUGAACUGUGUGGCGGGUACCAUCACUUCCAACACCAUCACGCUUCCGCAUGAGCCGCUCGAGCACGGAGAGAACACAACGGUAGAGUGCCCAGCAGCGACGCAUGCCGGGAACAUCACUGUCGUUUGUGACGAUGGACAAGCUAGAAUGGUUGAGGGCUUCUGUGGCCAGAACUGCACGUCCGGGUUCAUCUUCUCAAACGGUGCAAGGGUGAACCAUCCAGGCAUCCAGCACGGAACGGAGCAAAAUAUUAGUUGUCCUGCACCCUGGGGUGCUGAGAUCACCUUCCGCUGCUUUGAUGGCAGCGUGCGCAACAGCGGCAGGUGUGGACGGCAAUGUAUUGGAGGCAAUGUCGAGCAGAACGGUGCUGUGGUUUUCUACACCAACCUGGCCCAUGGAGAGUCCGGCACCUUCAUCUGUGAGACCUUGUUUGCCAGUGCUUUGACCUUUUCCGGAGAGCUGGAGCUGACUUGCGAUGACGGUGCCGUGCGUGCCGUGGGGCUGUGUUCUCCAGAUUGCCCAGCUGGAGACAUAACCAACAACGGAGCUCGGAUCAUCGUACCUGCACUCAAAGCCGACACCUACAUCGACACCUUCUGCCAACCACGGGCAGCUCAUGGCGAGGUUCGAGUUACAUGCCAGGAUGGCUUUCAGGUCGUAACUCAAGGUUCAUGUGGCGACCCAUGUCCGGAGGACUGGUUCUCAAACGUGAACACACGGCACACAGAUCUGUGGCUCGAGGAGGUGUCACACGAUAAGGGGGUAUGGAAGGAUUGCCCGCAGGACCUCAGCGGCCAAAUCUACAUCCACUGCUUCGAUGGACUUCUCCGAGUUCUUGAGGGCCAAUGUGGUGAGCGGUGCCGCAGCGAAAGGGUCGAAGUUACUGGUGCCAACUUCAUCAGCCCGCUGCUGGACCAUGCCGAAGAGCAUUUGCAACCCUGUCUCCAGCCCUACAGUGACUUUGUGAACCUCACAUGCAUCUUCGGAGAGCUUAUG